AUGCUCCUUCACCAACCAGCCCUUUGUCAAGCUCCUCCUCAUUUCUUAUGUCUCAAAUGUCGCGCCAAACUGGUUCUUCGAUUGCGCCCUCCAUUGUCCCUCGCGAAUAACAUGUGGAUUGGCCAAGUUCCGUCUGUGUUGUCUGUUCUCAACCUGCCUGAACUACUGCUUGUUGGGCUGUAUUUCCCAGUGGCUUUCGUUGUCAAGCUUUUCCCAAAGAAGGCCGGCAGCGACUCCUGGGACAUCGACACCAUGAAAACUGGAUUACGCGGCAACGUCUCGACCUAUCGACUGAAUCCCAGCCUUAUCGAGGAAAUGGUUACCGGUAACAUAAUGCCUCGUCCUAUCGGUAUUUUGGCUGCAACGAUUUCUGUUACGUUCGUCGGGGCAAAAAAUGUUCCUUUGUUUGUUCUUCCGAAGAUGUUCGAGGUCCAACGAAGAAGGGUUCAUGACGCCUUGGUGUGGCUUCAGGCCAACAACCCAUUAUAUGCCAACAUCGAAAUUUCUUUGGAACGCCUUUCAGAACUCCCUGAACAAGACGUACCAGAGGAACUUACAACAACGGCGCGAUAUACAGAGGACGAAUCGGUUAUCGCUCGUGAACAUGGUGGUUAUGUACCAUCCAAUGUGGAUGAUGGUGGAGAUGCUCAGGUCAUUGAAGCGGAAGAACGCGACUUUGGCCAGCGACAUGAUUUGUUACCGGUGGAUAGUUUAGACAAUGAAAAUACCAAUAAAGAUGAAAACUAUGAAUGCGAUGUUAUUCCUCUCCAACCUCAUGGAGCUGUCGAUAUAUCCGCUGAUUCCAUCAACAGUGAAGAGUUAUUCUGUGCAGCAGUGAACAACCUAGCUCCGGAAGAGAUUCGCAAGUACGCGGUCCGUCCCGGCGAACAACGGGUGGACCAUCAGACGCAAAAUCAUCUCCUCGGCACAUUUCCUCUCCUCUUUCCAUAUGGCCUUGGCGGGAUUGAGGUCGAUCGUCAGGACAAAGUGUCGUAUGAAGAACAUGUUCGAUGGGCACUGCAGUAUGACGAUGGGCGUUUUCGAAAGGACUUGUAUUUCAUGUUCCAAGCCUUCGGGGUUCAAGUGAAGCGAGAGAACCAAGAUGCCUUCCAAAGACUGACGGCACAAGACUUUAUAAAAGCGAGCAAGGAAGAAGAGCGCAAACAAGGAAUCAGUAACCCAACCAUAUUGGCCUUUCGCAAACACAUUACAGCACAUUCGCGCCCAAGUCUGGGGAAUGUCUUUGCGGUUUAA